AUGUCACUUGACAAUGUCAAAAAUAUCGUCCUUGUCCUUUCAGGCAAGGGCGGAGUAGGUAAAUCCUCUGUCACCACGCAACUUGCGCUCUCCCUUUCUCUCGCCGGUCACUCUGUUGGCAUUCUGGACAUCGAUCUCACUGGGCCGUCGAUUCCUCGUCUCUUUGGAAUUGAGACUGCGACCGUCACGCAGGCACCAGGUGGAUGGAUACCAGUCCCAGUGCAUGCAGCCAACCCCACUGCGGGAAUCGGCUCCCUUUCUUGCAUGAGCUUGGGUUUUCUACUUCGAGAACGAGGAGAUGCGGUCGUUUGGCGUGGACCCAAGAAGACUGCUAUGGUUCGCCAGUUUCUCACCGAUGUUCUCUGGGGAGAGAUCGAUUACCUGCUCAUUGAUACUCCUCCUGGAACAUCAGACGAGCAUAUAUCACUAGCAGAAACUUUACUGAAGAACGCGUUACCUGGGCAAGUGGCAGGCGCGGUGGUUGUGACGACGCCCCAAGCAGUUGCUACGGCAGAUGUCAAAAAGGAGUUAAAUUUCUGUGUCAAGACGGGAAUCAACGUUAUUGGCGUUGUGGAAAACAUGAGUGGUUUCGUCUGUCCGAACUGCUCGGAAUGCACAAACAUUUUCAGCAAAGGCGGUGGCGAGGUCAUGGCAAUGGACUUCAAAGUGAAAUUCUUAGGGAGAGUUCCCAUCGAUCCUCAGUUUAUCAUGCUCGUGGAAACUGGAAGAAGACCUGUAUAUCCUAUUGGCACAGAGAUCAACGGUCUGGACGUCGGGAGGUCAGAAGUUGUGGAUAACAGUGGUGACUACAAAGACCCUGGGCAGUUAGUAGAAAAGUACAAGGACUGCUCACUAUGCCCUAUAUUCAAGGACAUUGCGCGGGACGUCGUCAACGAUAUUGAGUCGACUAAGUCGUAG